CGGAACGUAGUAUUACACAUGCGCAUCAGCGGCUCAGCGCCCACAUAUGGUCUAUGAGAUUUGUCACUCAAUCACGCACGUUCGUGUGGAGGUUAUCAUUUAUCUCUCAGUAUUUCCUAGCACCUAUUUCAUCGAUACAAUUAUCGGAGUGUACAUAGGUUAGCAGAUAUCGCUAUUUUCUUUAAAAAAAUGGCUACUAUCGACGAUGACACAAUAAUCGAUCAAACUUUGUCGGAGAAACUUUUACAAAAGGGACGAAAGUCACCAUUUCUUGUUGCAAGUUUGAUAAGUUUAGCAGGUAUCUGUGGCUAUGGUGCCUAUGCUUUUAAGAACAGAAAAAUAUCUACACAGUUAUAUUUAAUAAAUCUCCGAGUUGCUGCACAAGGAACAGCAGUAGGUAUAUUGACAGCAGGAAUGAUAUACCAUAUGGUAAAGAAACACGUUUUGCAUGAUGAGAAUGAACCAUGAUGCUGAAUAUUAUAAUAGUAGUUUAAUUGUUAAAUUAAACUAUCAACAAAAAUAGCCAACUAGAAAUACAAAAAGUACUUAGUGAAUUUAUGAAAAAAAAAAAUGUAUGUAAUUUAUUUUAUUACCAGCUUUACUCUGACAUAAAUUCUGUAACCAACAACAUUGAUAAAUUUUAUUCUUAUUAAUUAAAUAUCCGCAUUAGCCAAAUACAUUUAUUAAUCCUUUUACUGCGAUGCAUUAUUAGGAGAAGAGUACAUAAUUGCUGUACAUAGUCGCACGUCCGUUAUUAUGGCAAUUACAUUACUUACCGGAGCACAAAACUUGUCUCAGCACACGCACAUUUGUAUACACAUAUAUUGUUACUGCUAGUUUAUAUUCAAUGCCAUUGCAUAUAUAUAUAUGUAUAUAAUGUUCGCAGUAAAAGGAUUGAUGAGCACACCCAGUGAGCAAUAUAAUAACAAAAAGAGCUCUUUAAGUACUCAGGUUUGAAAGAGAAAAAGACAUUAUAUAUAUGAUCAUGUAAAUGACAUUUAAAAUUUGAUUUCUUAUAUAAAAAUUUAAAAAAAGUUAAAAAUUGCUAUUUAUGGCACUUCAUAUAUAAAGUUCGUAAAAAUAUAAAUCUUUUAUUACAAAAACAUGUAAAAUAAUACCCUGUGCAAUAAGAGCUCGUAGUAAAGGAGCUCACUUUAAUAGUAGAGAAGAGAUAAAGAAUUUCAUGCAGGUGUAUGAAUUUAUAAUAUUACGUACGCGGUUUUCUUAUGAGAAAGUGCCGCAUGUUCCUCCAGCAGAAAUUUUGACAGGGUAACUUUAAACAGAUAUAAAUAAUAUAUAAAGAGCUUUCUUGAAAGACAUUGUAUAAAGAGAUAACAUAUAGGAAUGUCAUUUUUAACUGGUCUUCGAAAAGAUUUCUUAAAGAGGUCUUCCUCUCAUUGUUAAUGUUGUUCACUGGAAAGUUACUUUUGUUCUAGAAUAUUAUAAUAAAUAUAUAUUUUUCUCAUGCAAAAGUUA